GUCGCCACAGGACAUUUUCCAAAUGCGAAAAUGCCACGUCUUCGGCUCUUUACCUCUGAAACCCAUCUUUCAUCUUUACGAAGGCGGUAGAACGGCUCGCUGCCGCCAGGCACCUCCAAAAUGUCGCAAGAGAAAGUGUCAAAAACAAAGACAAGUGCCACGACCAGUGUGCCUGUGCAAUCAAGUAAAUCGCGUCUCGCAAUUCGAACAGUCGUCUCUAUUUCUGCACUCUCCUCAAGUGUCUUCGUGACUGAAAAAGUCCUCGCACCUUUGUUCGGAAGUGUUGCUACGAACCUAUAUCUUCAAAAUGUUGUUGCUGCCUUGAUUGUUAUUUCGACCGUUAUCCCUUUUGGAGUAGGUCUUGGAACCGCGCGAAAGACAGUCGUUACUGGUGCUCUUUGUGUUGCACCUUUGGUCUUACAUCGCCUAGCAACUUGGACGGCGCGACUCGGAAAUCCAGUGUUGGGACCCGUGUUAGCUUACGCGCCAGUGUUAGGGCUACUAGCAUAUUCUACAACCGAUGGAGUACGAGAGAUGCUGUCAGGGAGGUCAAUUACUGUGAAGACACUUGCCGCUAUUGCAACAUCUUUGCUCGUUCUGCACUCUCAACCUCUAUGGACACAUAUCAAGUUCAACAGGUUUUUUAGCCAUCCUGCUCUGCUUCUAGUCAUGAGUUGGAUAGUGGCCAUAGUCGAACAUAGUUCAAAAAAGCCUUCAAAACUCGGAGCUCAGGCUACAAAACGCAGCUACACAUCGUUCAUUGUGCUUUUCUAUGUCACCUUAUUUUGUCUCUCGCAACCUCCGAUGGCCAUUCGUUCUCUUCCGUACGCGCAUUCGAAUGGGUUGCUUCGUAUCCUUUCUUCCACACCAAGCGUUACCGGUCGAAUUGUUGUCGGUGAAGAUAAAACGCAUGGUUUUCGAUUCCUCCGUGCAGACCACAGUUUGCUCGGUGGUGUGUGGAUCGGUGACAAAUAUUUGGGCAAGAUGGAUGACGGUGCUGAAUUUGUUCGAGAUAAGGAUGGAGUCAAGCUUGGCGAAUCGAUUUACUCUGCGUUUGUUCUGCAAGAGGCUGCAAGGCUACAGCAAAAGGAUGAACCUCAUCAGAACGCACUGGUCAUUGGUCUAGGAGCCGGAAUCGCAGCUCAAGCAUUCAUGCAGCACGGCCUCUCUACGUCGAUAGUCGAAAUAGACCCAGCGGUUUAUUCGGCUGCGCGUGACUAUUUCGGAGUACCCGAGCCCGCUGCUGCGUUCAUUGAAGAUGCGCGCGAUUGGGUCCACCAUCGAGCAGAGUCAUGGACCAGAACUUAUGAUAUCGUCGUACACGAUUGUUUUUCUGGCGGAGGUGUCCCUGCGCAUUUGUUUACGUUAGAGUUCUGGGAAGACCUUCGGAAGAUUAUGAGUCCAGACGGUAUACUCGCUGUGAAUUAUGCCGGUCUGGUAGGUAGCGAGUCUUCCAAGGCCGUUUACUUGUCGUUAAAACGAACCUUCGGUCAAUGUCGUGUCUUCCACGACUAUGACAUCCGGGUACCAGAUCAAAAGUUAACUUCUGAGUUUAUCAACCUGGUAUUCUUCUGCUCCCCCUCCUCGGACCCUUUGACGUUCCGACCUGCCAAACGGGAGGACUACAUGUCAUCGUACCUGCGCGAACACGUCUUGAGCGUGUUGCCUGACCGCGAGGUACCACCCGAACUUAUCCUCGGAGAUAUUACUCCUGAGCAGGAACGCAAGUGGGUGUUGACAGAUAAGAGGAACCCUUUGGGUGCGUGGCAGGACAAGGGGGCUCUGGACCAUUGGAAAGUGAUGAGGACCGUCCUUCCAGAUUUUGUAUGGAAUACAUACUAAACGGCGCCGGUACUACCAUGUUGUCUGGUAGAUGAUUUUUAGCACCGUUCUUUGCCUACUAUUUUCUCAUCUUCUGUUUUAUAAUAUAACGAGCAAUGUUGUAUC